AUGCUUCCACAAGGUGUUGAUGUUAUUGUUAAUUCAUUAUCAGGCAAUUUACUCAAAGAAUCAAUUAAAUUAUUAGCAUAUCAUGAAGCAAUUGAUUUACUGAUUCAACGUAAAUUACGUGUUGUUGAACCAACACUUAGUUAUGAAGCAUCUCAAGUAAUAGAAGCAUUAUUAAGAUGUAAUAGUGGUCAAGUUAUGGGUAAAACAGUUUUUCGUAUAACUUCAUCUGAUCAACCAUUAAAUAUUCAUAAAAAACAAUCUAAUAGUUUAUUAAAAGUUGUAAGUGAUAAUACAAUGUUUCCAUCAGAAGUUUGUAAUCAAGGAACAAUUUUAAUAUCUGGUGCUCUUGUUUUAACAAUGUCUCGAUGGAUGAUUGAACAACGAGGUGUUAAACAUAUAGCACUUAUGAGUCGUCGAACAUUAGUUCAACUUGAAAAAUCUUCGAAUCCACAAUAUAAUGAAUGGUUAAGAUUAAAACGAACAACAAAAGAAUAUAAUGUUUUCAUAUUUCAAAAAACUUCUUAUCCUAUUCGUGGUAUUAUUCAUAGUGCUGUUGUUGCAGAAGAUCGUACUGUAAAUAAUUUAACACAAGAACAUUUAUCACUUGUUUUAUCAUCAAAAGUUCGUGGUGCAUGGUAUCUUCAUCAAGCUACACAGUUUCUUGAUGCACCUAUUCAUUUCUUUAUUAUGUUUUCAUCAAUUCGAAAUCAUUUACAUGAAGGUUCAUCUGCUGGUUAUAAUGCUGCUAAUCAAUUUCUUGAUGCACUUGCUUAUUAUCAUUUUACAAAACUUACUUUACCAGCACUGUCAAUUAGUUUAUCAUCUGUAAGUGGUGCUGAAAUGUUUCAUCAUCAGAAAGAAAUGCUCAGUACUUUAAGUGUUACACAAGGUUUUGAAUUAAUGCCAACAAUAACUGUAUUCGAAUUAAUUGAAUCUUUUCAUCAAACUCAAAAGAUUUGUCCAUGUUCUGUUAUUUUUGCUGUUAAUUGGCAAACAUUACAUCGAAAUUAUCCAACAUUAGCUACAUCUUAUCUAAGAAAAAUAGUUGAUCAACGUUAUAAAGAGAUGAAAUUUGAUCAAAUAUCAUCAUCAUCAGGAAAAAACAAUUCCACUGAGUAUAGUAUGAGUAAAAAAGAAACAAUUAUUGAACGAACUCAAUCAGCUGUUGCACGAUUAUUAGGUGCAACUAGUGUUGAUCGUAUAGUUAUUGAUCGUUCACUUGUUAGUCAAGGUAUGGAUUCAUUAGCUGCUGUUUCAUUAUAUAAUUGGUUAGGUCAAGAAACUGGUAUUUAUAUACCAUUAGUUGAUUUUCUUCAAGGACUUUCAAUUGAAAGAAUUGCAACACUUGUUUAUAAUAAACUUAAUGAAAAAGAACAAACAACAUCAUCAUCAGCUACAAAAGAACAUGAUCUAGAUUUUGAUUCAAUUAAUGAAAAUGCAGUUCAAUAUUCUGAUACAUCAACAUAUACUGGUUUAGAAAAUAUCAUUUGUCUACAUCGUUCGAAUCAAAAUAAUACUUCAACUCUUUUUUGUAUUACUCAAAUAUCAAAUGAUAAUAAUAAUGAAGAUUUAUUUACAUUUUUUAUUGAUAAAUUAUCUAAUGAAAAAGAUGAAACAUCAUCAAAUGAUAUCUAUGCUUUACAAAUACCAACAAUAACAUCAUCAUCUAUAUCUACAUAUGCUCAAAUCUUAUUACACAAAUGCGUCGUAUUCAAUCAUGUGGAUCUUAUCAAAUAG